UUUUAAUUCAGAUGAAAAACACAGUAAGCAAAUCAAAUAUGGUUUUUAAUAAAUCAUUUGGUUAACACAUUCUUAUAAAUUAAUAGAUUUUAUAAAUGAUUGUUGAUAAGGCAGCAAUACGUCCAACAGACGUAGUAUUGGAAAUAGGACCAGGAACAGGUAAUUUGACAGAAUUGUUAUUGUAAAGAGCGAAAUAAGUAAUAUGUGUAGAAAUAGAUCCUCGAAUGGUUAUAGAAUUAACUAAAAGAUUUAAGUAUUCGUAAUACUCAGAUAAAUUCAAAUUAAUCUAAGGUGAUUUUUUAACAGCAGAAUUACCAUUUUUUGAUUUAUGUGUUGCAAAUGUUCCAUAUUAAAUAUCAUCUCCAUUAGUUUUUAAAUUAUUAGCUUAAAGACCUCUAUGGAGAUGUGCAGUACUAAUGUUUUAAUAAGAAUUUGCAUUCAGAUUAGUUGCUAAACCUGGAAAUGAAUUAUAUUGUAGAUUAUCUGCGAAUGUUUAAAUGUUAUCAAGAGUAGAUCAUUUAAUGAAAGUAGGAAAAAAUAAUUUUAAACCUCCUCCUAAAGUAGAAUCAUCUGUUGUAAGAAUUGAACCAAAAAAUCCUAUUCCUAAUAUUAAUUAUAUUGAAUGGGACGGUUUAUUAAGAAUUUGUUUUAAUAGAAAGAAUAAAUAAUUAUCUGCCAUUUUCAAAAAUAAAUCUGUUCUUAAAACUUUAGAACAUAAUUUUAAUGUAAUUGAAUAAGAAGGUAACAAAAUCAAUGAUCCUGCUAAAAAUGUUAAAUAAUUAAUUUUAACAAUUAUGGAAGAAGAGAAUAUAGAGGGAAAAGGAAAAGGAAAAAAUGAUAAAAAAGAGAAAAAGGAUAAAUAAAAUUAAUAAAAAGAUAACGAAUCCGAUUCAGAAGAAGAUAUAGAUGACAAUUAAUAACCAGAGAAAUAAUAAAUUACAUAAAACCCUUUCAGAUAAAAAAUAAAUGAAAUAUUGAAAUAAUCAGAUAUGUUUUAAAAGAGACCAGUUAAAAUGGAUAACGAUGAUUUCCUUUAAUUGCUAUGUGCAAUGAAUGCUCAAGGUAUACAUUUUAAAUGAUAGAACUAUUUCUGAUUAUAAUUAUUAUAUUGUUUAUUAAUAUAAAUUAAUUAAUGCUUAAAUAAUAAGAUCAAUAUUAAGAUGGAUUUGUUAGUUUUAUGUUAGAAAAGGAAGAUUCCUUUAUAUUGAAUUCUAGUGAUAAUUCUCUUAAACUUACAAAUGAUGAUGACUAUUAUAAAUAAUUAAGUAGACAAUUUUAUGGUCAGAAAAAUUAAGGUAAAUAAUCAUCAUUUUCAUAAAGAAAUCAAAAAAACAUCAAAGAUUGAUCCUACUUUCAAGCAAUUUAAAAUUAUAUUUCGUGCUUUUAUAACAAAUACAGAAAAAUAGAAACCUGCAUUUUCAGUUCCUACAGUCAGUCAAUAAUUGUAAUAGGUAUAAGUUUAUUGUAAUAAUCUUUUUCCUAUUAUAGUAGAUCUAGAAACUCUUAUCAUUAAGUAAACCUAAAUUGUACACUUGUAGAGAAUCUACUCAAAGAACAAAUAUACAUUCUACAUAAAAAAUAAAUUAAAUAAAAAAUUUUUAUAUGUAAUAAUAACCAGCAAAAUUUAAUAUCCCAAUCCCAACUAAAAAAAACAAUGUUCAUGA